AUGGCUACAACUACAACUACAAAGAAAAAGAAGAAACUAGUCUACAAGCAAGAUCCAGAUGGAGUAUUUAGAUUAAAGAAAAUCGAUGACGAAAAUGACGCAAUAUCAACAUCCACAUCUGAAAUAUUGCACAAGAAGUCCAAAGUAGACAAAUACAUAAAUGAACUAAUGGACUGCUCCUACACUGUUGUAUCCGAUCACAAGCAUGACCACAGCUCAAACGAAAAACAAAACAACUCUGUCUCAAAAACAAUUCCGCCGAUAACGCUCUCUUUGCAGGGCCAGAAAAGUAAACAACAAGCUGUCGCCGCGCCCAAAAAAAUAAACCAAACUUUGUAUAGCACUUUACUGAGGAAUCUCAAUACUUUGUCAACACCAACAACCCAAGCAACAACCAAAGCAAUACCUCAUCGUUCCUUAUCCACAAAGUCAUUAGACUCAAACUCAAACUCAAACUCAAACUCAAUUCCAAACACAAACUCUUCAGUCUCUCUGUCACCUCAUAUAGCUGAAUUUGAAAUUGUACCCGCUAGGCGCAGUAAAUUUGCAUCACUAAUGACUAAAAUCAAGCACGCGAGUCACGAGGCCCUCAGGUUUCAUAUCCCCAGUUUUCUACUAGGGAUUAUUCUUACAGCAACAAGCGUGGCAUUCAGAAAGGAAUUGACACUCUUAACUUUAGGAGCCCUUGUUGUGGGAAUAGUUUUCGCAGUGCUCAUAAUUGUGGGCAUUUCUCUCGGCUUAUAUUUUGAAUGGAUCAAGAUCCAGGAUAUCACCAUUUUGAAUCAAAUAUUUAUCUUUAUUCAAAGCAGGCUCAACAAUGAUGAACCGAAAACCGAAGCAGAAGCAGAAGCAGAAGCAGAAGCAGAAGCAGAAGCAGAGGCAGAAGCAGAAGCAGAAGCAAAUCUUUUAAACACAGGUGGAAACUACGAGCGAGGAUUCAACACAGACGCUGACUUGGUAGAUGAUUACUAUAUUGAUAACGAUUUUGAGGCAGCCAACGGAAAAACUCUUGGCGCCACCACGAAAAAACAAUCAACUGCUUCUAAUAAUAAAACUAAUAUCAACCCAAACACAACCACCAAACCAGAGUCAAGACGCAGACAUUCCAAUAUCAGAGUUACUCCAUACAGGUAUGAGCGUGACUUUACUGAGCCAAAACAGGCCAAGAAUGGGAACAGUACCGGCAGGCACGAGAGUGUUCCCAACUUGGGAAUUAAUCAACAUAUACCUUAUACUCGGCAAGGCACUUUACAAGAUGUGCCAACUUUAAAGAGAUCACUGACAGAACCAUUCUCCCCCCAAAAGAUUGACUCAAAAACCCCACCUUCUUUAUCAACUUUAUCUUCAACAACACCCCGUUUUCAACAGCAAUACCAACCCAUUAUUCCAUCGCAUCUUACAGCAAACUCGAAAAGAUCGAGAAACAAUCUGAUCGAGUCAGAUGGGUCUGCAACCUCGCCACACUCACGACACUUGCCCUCACUACCCACACAGGCCGAGGAACUACCAUUUAUAAAUGAGGUCAAGCUAGUAGAUUCACUUGACCAAGAAGAUGAGUAUAACGAUGAUGGUGACAACCACCAACACCUGCCAAGUGGUGACAAUGUGGCAGCAGGAACCUCAAACAAUACAUUCUCUCGCCAACAAUCGGUUUUGGGGACUAGAGCCAACUACAAAAAGUUUAUGGCUAACGUAAAUAGCUGA